GCUCGUGAUGUCUACCUCGUACAGUUCCUUGCGUAACUUGCGUUCACUUAACUUCCCCGCCAACAGCAUCAGAACCGUUUCUUCGAAGAACUUACAUACCCACCUGUUCGAUGAAACGCCCCAUAGAGACCUCUACUCGCUUAACUCCCUUCUCGCCUCGUAUGUUCGCGAUGACAAUGCUCUCGCCGCAUGGGCUCUCUUCCGUCGAAUGCACUGCACGCGCUCCGACCUUGAUGCGUACACUUUCACGCCGAUGUUGGGCGCGUGCUCAAAGUUACCAGGCCACGAGCGCGGCAAACAGGUCCAUGCGCUGAUGAUCAAAAGGGGUUCUGACUCUGGAGCUGUGAGCAAAACUGCCCUCAUGGACAUGUACUCCAAAUAUGGGUACUUGGGUGACUCGAUUAAGGUGUUUGAUGAGAUGGAAUUCAGGGACGUUGUGACUUGGAAUGCUAUGCUGUCGAGCUUUUUAAGGCACGGUCUUGCUAAAGAAGCGCUUGGUGUUUUUGAAGCAAUGAGGAGGGAGAGAGUGGAGUGUAGUGAGUUUACUUUGUGUUCUGUGCUUAAAGCUUGUGCCUCUUUGAAGGCGUUUCGUCAGGGUAAGCAGGUUCAUGGGUUGGUGGUCGUGAUGGGCCGUGAUUUGGUGGUAUUGGGCACUGCUUUGAUUGACUUUUACUCCAGUAUUGGGUGUAUAGAGGAAGCUAUUACAGUGUUCUCCAGUUUGGACCGUGGAAAGGAUGAUAUGAUGCGCAAUUCUUUGAUUUCUGGGUGUGUUCGGAAUCGAAAAUAUGAAGAGGCAUUCUCGAUUAUGUGUUUGAUGAAACCCAAUGUUGUUGCGCUUACCAGUGCUCUUGCAGCUUGCGCUGAGAAUUCAGACUUGUGGAUUGGAAAGCAGAUACACUGUGUGGCGUUACGCCAGGGGUUCCUUCAUGACACCCAAUUAUGCAAUAUCAUGUUAGACAUGUAUGCGAAAUGUGGGAAAAUUUUGAGUGCUCGGUUGCUGUUUGAUGGAAUUUGUAAUAAAAGCGUAGUUUCCUGGACAAGUAUGAUAGAUGCAUAUGGAAGGCACGGGCAUGGGCUUGAAGCUCUUGAGCUGUACAAAAUGAUGGGAGAGGAAGGGAGUGGUGUCUUGCCAAAUUCUGUAACAUUUCUUGCUCUUUUAUCAGCUUGUGGGCAUUCGGGACUGGUGGAUCAAGGCCGCGAAUGUUUUAAUUCAGCUCGGGAGAAGCAUGCUUUGGAGCUGGGUCCAGAGCAUUAUGCCUGCUUCAUAGAUAUCUUAGGCAGGGCAGGUUUGAUAGAAGAAGCAUGGUGUUUAUUUCAUGACAUGGUUAAGCAUGGUACCAUGCCGACUGCAGCCGUGUGGGCAGCAUUGUUGAAUGCUUGUAGUCAUAACAUGGAUGUGACAAGGGGUGAGUUUGCUGCAAACCGUCUGCUGCAGUUAGAGCCAAAUAAGCCUGGGAAUUAUGUACUCCUAUCAAAUUUCUAUGCAGCCAUUGGCAGGUGGGAUUCUGUGAAUGAGCUGAGAAACGUUUCGAACACAAAAGGGCUGGUCAAGGAAGCUGGGAGUAGCUGGGUGGCUGUAACCACUGCCAGGAGAAUGCCAUCGGCCUAUCAGUCUGAGAAAUCAAAGAUUAUAGAAAGUUGACGUUGCGUGUUUUCAGUGACUUAAAAUACGGCACAUCAGUUAAUGUGAAAUACAUUAAG